AUGAGCGGCUGGGUGGGCCUGGACCGAGGGCUUGUGCAGAAGUUUGGCUGCCUGGGCACCACCGGCAAGGACGUGCUCAUCUCUGAGUUCCAGAGGCUGCUUGGCUUCCAGCUCAACCCUGAUGAUGGCACCUUCUUCCUGGACACGACCAACUGGAACCUACGAGCAGCAAUUGGUGCCUAUUGUGACUUUGAUAGCCCAAACAUCAGUGUGCCCUCUAUGUCCUUUGUUGAAGAUGUCACCAAAGGAGAAGCAGAAUCAAUACCUCCUGAUACUUAGUUUGUAAAAUCACGGUAGAUGCAGAAUUCUGGGACAGAGGCCUGGAAGAUUCUCAGUGUAAAGGUGGGUGGACUUUUAGGAGUAAUGCAGCUGCCGUCAUUUUUUGAAACGCAGCUCAAUGCACCGCUGCAUCCCAAGGUAGAAGGAAACUUCAAUCAGUUUGCCUCUUCCCAAAAGAACGAAGAAUCACAUGAAAACAACUUAAAAGACCCUGGGGGUUCCGGGUUCCACCCAAUCAGCGAAAACACACAGGCUCCUGCUCCUGACCAAACAGAACAAGAUCAGAAUAGACUUACAGAACUCUGUAAAUCUGCCCCCAGCGGUCACGCAAACAGCUUAUCAGUAGUAAGCCUCCAUGGGCCUUAG